GGCGCGCUCGCCUACUUCGGUUUGGGGCUAAUUAUAAAGUAGCUCCAGCAGCCACCAGCCCCGGGACCGCACGGCGAGGCAGGCGUGCUCAGCCCCGCGGCCCUGCAGACUCGGAGGACCCAGACGUGUCGCGCCUGGGACGCGGUUUCACCGACCAGCCCGCGUCAUCCCAGCGCAGUCAACGUGAGUGAACUUGCCCAAAGAUCGCCUUUGUUUCCCCAUGGCGCGAUUCCUGAGACUCUGCACUUGGCUGCUGGCUCUCGUCCCCGGGCUCCUGGCGACCGUGCAGGCAGAAUGCAGCCAGGACUGCGCGACUUGCAGCUACCGCCUGGCGCGCCUGACAGACAUCAACCCCCUGGCUUGCACCCUGGAAUGUGAAGGGAAACUGCCUUCUCUCAAAACCUGGGAAGCCUGCAAAGAACUCCUGCAGCUGACCAAACUGGAGCUUCCUCAAGAUGGCACCAGCGCCCUCAGGGAGAGCAGCAAGCAGGAGGAGAACCACCUACUCGCCAAAAAGUAUGGGGGCUUCAUGAAAAGGUAUGGCGGCUUCAUGAAGAAAAUGGACGAGCUUUAUCCUGUGGAGCCGGAAGAUGAGGGAAAUGGAGGAGAAAUCAUUGCCAAGAGAUAUGGGGGCUUCAUGAAGAAGGAUGCAGAGGAGGAUGACACUCGGGGCAACUCCUCAGACCUGCUGAAAGAGCUUCUGGGAACCGGAGACAAUCAAGACAGCAGCCACCACCAGGAGGGCAGUGAGGAUGAAGAAGUGAACAAGAGAUACGGGGGCUUCAUGCGAAGCUUAAAGAGAAGCCCCCAACUGGAAGAUGAAGCCAAAGAGCUGCAGAAACGAUAUGGGGGGUUCAUGCGCAGGGUAGGUCGCCCAGAGUGGUGGAUGGACUACCAGAAGAGGUACGGGGGCUUCCUGAAGCGCUUCGCUGAUACUCUGCCCUCUGAUGAAGAAGGUGAAGGUUACUCAAAAGAAGUUCCUGAAAUGGAGAAAAGAUAUGGAGGGUUUAUGAGAUUUUAAUACCUUCACCCAUCGGUGACGCCACGCCCCAGCAACUGUUCCUCUAACCCCCAGUGAGAGACUGCUUUGUAGGUUGUGUUUUCUUGUCAUGUGUUGCUUGCAUUGUAUAAUUGAUUUUAUUGUCUAGAUAACUAACUAUACAACCUGAAAGUAUCAUUUCAGGUUCCAUGUUCUUUUGAGAGUCUUAAACUCGGUAUUGGUCUAGUGCCAUUAACUUGUUUUCAGGCUAAGAUAUUUUUUGUUCACGAGUUCUUUCUUUUUGACAACACAUCGAUAAAAAUGCUUACUUGUACAUAGAUAUAAUAAAUCCUCUUCCCCAACUGCAUAACA